GGCAAGGUAUCAUGCGAAAAGCACUUGAUAUGGCAAUUGCAACUAGUUCAUAUGAUGAGUUGAUGUUAUUUUCCAUAGAAUCAGAUACAAUGAUGAAUGAUCUUGAAUACAAUAUUAAAAAUCCUGUAAUUAGCACACGAAAAGGACGGCCACCCGGCAGAGCUAAAAGUAAUGUUGAAAUUCAAAAUCAACAGGUUAAAAAAAGGCAACAUUUUACUGAAGAACAUGAAAUUCAAGAAAAAGAUACUAGAAAAACAUGUCAAAAUU